CGUCGUUGAUUAACUGGUGUGCGGGCGCGGGGCGGGGCUAGGCGCGGGGACCGCCCUUUCCUGCGGAAGUGGAGCGGGAAAGGCCGCAGCCUCGCGUCGCUCUUUCUUUCCUGCCGCCGCCAUCAUGGGUCGCAUGCACGCUCCCGGAAAGGGCUUGUCCCAGUCAGCCUUGCCCUACAGACGCAGCGUGCCUACGUGGCUGAAACUUACUUCUGAUGACGUAAAGGAACAGAUCUACAAGCUGGCUAAAAAAGGCCUGACUCCCUCACAAAUUGGUGUGAUCCUGAGGGAUUCCCAUGGUGUUGCCCAGGUUCGCUUUGUUACUGGCAACAAAAUUUUGAGAAUCCUUAAAUCGAAGGGACUGGCCCCAGACCUUCCAGAGGAUCUCUAUCACUUGAUUAAGAAAGCUGUUGCUGUUCGCAAGCAUCUUGAGAGAAACAGAAAGGAUAAAGAUGCCAAGUUCCGCCUGAUUCUGAUUGAAAGCAGAAUCCAUAGGUUGGCUCGCUACUACAAAACUAAGAGAGUGCUGCCGCCCAAUUGGAAGUAUGAAUCAUCAACAGCUUCUGCACUGGUAGCAUAAGAGCUGGCUACGACUUACUGAAAGAAUAAAUUUUCAUUGACUAAG